CAUUCCAGAAAUGAACGUGUCGUCGGGAAAUGUGACCGUGGUCAUAGAGUAUCGGGACAGCUUCACCAAGGCUGUUGCCAAAAAUGUCAUCGUUGUGGUUCUCGGCAUUUCCAUCAACUACAUCAAUGCAGGACUCAUCCAAACCUUUUGCGAACAAGAGAUCUUCUACACAAAACCCCGUUACAUCCUGUUCUUCCACUUGGUGAUCAACGACAUGAUCCAAGUGAGCCUGACCAUCUCCAUCUUCAUCAUCAGCUACAUCCUCUACAAGAUCCAGGUCUUUGUGUGCUGCACGCUGAUCCUCAUCGCUCUCUUCACCACUGAGAACACCCCCCUGAACCUGGCCUGCAUGGCGGUGGAGUGCUACAUCGCCGUCUGCAUGCCCCUUCAUCACGUCCGGAUCUGCACCAUCAGGAGAACGUGGAUGCUGGUCGGCCUAAUCUGGGCAACCAGCAUGCUCUCUGUUCUUCCUGAUCUAUUCAUCACCUUGGCGACCGAACGGCUGAGCUACUUUUACUCCAACGUCUUCUGCCUCAGGGAGACGGCUUUUCGACAUCCCACCCUCAUCAAGAGGAGGGACGCCACUUAUAUUCUCUAUCUAGUCCUGGUCUGGCUCGUUAUCUUUUACACUUACUUUAAGAUCCUGUUCACGGCUAAAUCAGCAAGCAAAGACGCCAAAAAGGCCAGAAACACAAUCGUCCUGCACGGCUUUCAGGUCCUACUGUGCAUGACCACGUAUGCAGAGCCGCUGGUAUUGCCACGAUCCGUUAGUUCAUUUGUCUACGGCGUACGGGAUAAAGCUUUUAGGAAGCACCUGAAAAGAUAUCUAUUCUGUAAAAUGUGCCAAAAAUUUCCAGAAAUGAACUCGUCCUCUGUGAAUGCGACAUCGGUCGCUCGGUUUACAGAUUCCUUCGGCAAAGCUAUGGCCAAAAAUGUGAUCGUUGUAUUCAUUGGGAUUUCCAUCAACUACAUCAACGUUAAACUUAUUCACACGUACCGCAAACACCAGAUUUUCCACACGAAUCCCCGCUACGUCCUCUUCAUUCACAUGGUGGUCAACGACAUGAUCCAGAUGUCUCUGACCGUCACGCUUUUCAUCAUCAGCUACACCGUCUACACCCUGAACGUGUCUGUGUGCUGCGUGAUGAUUCUGGUCGCUCUCUUCACCACUGAGAACACCCCCCUGAACCUGGCCUGCAUGGCGGCGGAGUGCUACAUCGCCGUCUGCAUGCCCCUCCGUCACGUCCAGAUCUGCACCGUCAAGCGGACGCUGACGUUAAUCGGACUCAUCUGGACCACCAGCGUAUUGUCCGUCCUUCCUGACCUGUUCAUCACUCUGGCCACGGAGCCGCUCGGCUUCUUUAACUCCAAAAUCUUUUGCAUCAGACACACCGUGUUCCCAAAUCCCCUCAUUGUGAAAAAGAGGGACGUGACAUAUAUAGUGUGUCUGGUUGUAGUUUGGAUUGUUAUCAUUUACACCUACUUCAAGAUUCUGUUCACCGCAAAAACGGCGAGCAAAGACGCAAAAAAGGCCCGGAACACCAUCCUCCUGCACGGGUUCCAGGUGCUGCUGUGCAUGUCGACGUACGUGUCUCCCCCGUUAUUAGACGUCCUGCAGAGAGCAUUCCCCAAACACUACAACGACGUGCUCUUUGCCUCCUACAUUACCGUGCAGGUGGUGCCCAGAUCGGUCAGCCCAAUCAUCUACGGCGUGCGAGAUAACGCCUUCAGGAAGUACCUGAAACGGUACCUGCUGUGUAAAUGGUCG